GGGCUACGACGUGCUUUCCACGAGCCAUAGCUGAUCUAACUAGUUCAUACAGUGUACAAAGAAGUGCGUGUUGAAGGCAAUUGUAUUGUGAAAAUCUAUUUGAACUUUUGAGUAGUGUACCCUUAGAUAAAAUACGAAACGUGAACUUUUGGUGAGCCACACUAGACAAACUGGUGUGUGUAGGGUAUAGCUAGAUAGCUAGCGAGCAGCUAACGUCACAGGACAGCAGGUGAAAUGCUGGUUGGUUUUAAUGCAAACUGUAAUCUGACAAUAGCUGAAUAGCUGUCCACUGGCUGCAACAUGGGAAGAAAGAAACAGGGCACGUUUGUGCGCCCUGGAAACAAGGGCAAAGAAAAAAGGCAUAAAAUGAAGGGGAAAACCUUAGAAGCCUUUACAGAAGAAAUGCACACUGCUUUGGAAGCAAGCCUUCACCCGGAGGAGGGAGCAGAGGCCCCUCAGGUGAAAAUGCCUUGUCCGCUUGCCAUGUGGGAGUUGGGUCACUGUGAUCCCAAACGGUGCACUGGCAGAAAGUUGGUACGCAAGGGCUUUGUACACAACCUGCGCCUCAAUCAGAGAUUUAAUGGACUCAUACUGAGUCCGAUGGGCACAAAGUAUGUGACCCCAGCAGACAGGGAGAUUGUGGCUCAGAAUGGUUUAGCAGUGAUCGAUUGUUCCUGGGCUAAACUGGAGGAGACUCCCUUCAAUAAGAUGGUUGGAACUCAUCCCAGGUUACUGCCAUUCCUUGUCGCUGCAAACCCUGUCAACUACGGCAAGCCUUGCAAGUUAUCCUGUGUUGAGGCUUUUGCUGCUACAUUCUGCAUUGUCGGUUUUAAAGAACUAGCAAUGCUCUUGUUGAAUAAAUUCAAGUGGGGGCCAGUGUUCCUGGAUCUCAAUAAAGUUCUGCUGGACCGCUAUGCUGCAUGUCAGUCAGAGGAAGAGAUGCUCUCUGUAGAAAAGGAAUAUCUCAAGACCCCAGUGGAGGACGAGGAGUUUGAUCCAUUUGAUGUGAACUCGGGAGUAAAAUGUAGGAAUCUCAACAGACCUCUGUGUGCACCUGAAGAUGAGGAUUCUAGUGAGGAUACGGACACCUCAGAGGAUAACGAAGAUGAUGAUGAGGAUGAUGAAGAAGAAGAUGAAAAAACAAAGAGCAACAUUGCGUCAACAACAGCGUCACAUCAUCAUGAAGAGGAAGAGACUGAAUUAAAGUAAUCACUAUAAAGCAUAUUUCAACUAUGGAUUUUUGUUUUUACCACAAGGACUGGCAAAACUUUUUAAACACUCACGACUAAAACAUAACAUAAAGGCUAUUUGUGGCUAUGCAGUUUUGUACAAGCAUCCAAAAAAGAGAAACUUGUACAAUAAAUUGUAUCUUUGUAUUUAUGUAAACUGCAGACCUAAAUAAAGGAAUCCUU